AGUCCGGCGAGAGCGUGGUCCCUGGGUUGGCAGAAAUCCAGCUUCCCCAGCCGUUACUGGUUGGUGCGGUUGGGACAUGGUGUUUGUCCCUCCAUGGCUCUUAAAAAUCUUAUUAGUUUGUGGACCUUAAGUCUAUGUGUAGUGGCCGACAAAGUCCCGUCCAUCACAGACUCACAAUUUAUAGACGAGUGCCUCCAGGCCCACAACGAACUGAGGGGCAGCGUCAACCCCCCGGCGGCCGACAUGAAACACAUGUUUUGGGAUGAAAGCUUGGCAAAGCUGGCUAAAGAGUGGACAACCGAAUGUAAAUUUGAACAUAGAAGUUGUUUAUCAAAACCAUAUAAAUGCACUGAAGACUUUCAAUUUGUUGGAGAAAACAUUUGGUUAGGCGGAUUUCCAUACUUUUCACCAAAAUCUUCUAUCACUGCUUGGUAUAAUGAAACUGCAUUUUAUGACUUUGAUACUAAAGCUUGUUCUAAAGUUUGUGGCCAUUAUACACAGGUAGUUUGGGCUAAAUCAUAUAAAGUUGGUUGUGCAGUUUCAAUAUGUCCUAAUCUUGGCACAUCUAAAACUUCAAUAUUUGUGUGUAACUAUGGACCUGCAGGAAAUUUUGUAAAUGUGUCCCCUUACACCAAAGGAGAACCCUGCUCCAUGUGUGCUGAAGGAGAGAAAUGCGUCAAUAAGCUGUGCCAUGCAGAGAGGCCAGGAAAAGGAGGACAGGAUGUCCGCUGUUGCACAACAACAGCAGAUGGAGAUGUUGUGGGUCCUCAUGAUUCUUUCUCCUCAGUAGUCCAACCUGAAUUGCUAGCGUUUCUGACCGGCGAAGAAAGGAGAGCAUCCAGGAGGGGAUGGAUGCGGGGUCAGGAGUGUUACACGGAGGCAAAUGUAAUUGGGGCUUUCCCUCAGUGCCAUUCAUCUACUGAUCACCCUAGAUACCCCUUAGAGCUGUCGGGAGGGGGUUCAAGAGAAAGGAACCUUAGGAAUACAUCUGAGUGUAGCCCAGACCAGAAUUCCACAAUUGUUCCAAACUCCUUUCUCCACCUCCAUGCAUCCAAGGCAGAUCGGGAUUAGGGACAUCAGGAUUAGGGACACUGUGUACUCACGCCAGUUGCUCUCCGGGCCCAGACAGAAAAGUGGGAAGCGGCUUUGGCAGAACCCAACAUGCCUGCUCUGUAUGGAACAGGUGAUUGAGAGCUGCCUAGGUCGGGAAACCUCUCACCCGAGUCUUGAAGAGUGGCGGUUGCACUAGUUGCACUUAAGUAUUCAUCGGGUGCCCACAUCACCUUCCAGAAAGAAAGAAAGAGAAAGAUGCACCUCAGACAGACAUGGGGUGCGCAGAGAGGUGCUUACCUUGGCGUAGGUCUCGGUGGGGAACCGCCAAUCUGUUACCGCUGUUUACCGGUGACUGAUGAGUCCUUGCUUCCCCAAUGCUGAAGUAUAACACCAGAGAAACACUCUGAGGCAUGUUUAGAGUGAGAAGGUAGAAGCUUUAUUAAAGGACAGUAGAAAAGACUCUC